ACAUUCGACCUUUUUGUCAUUCUAGUUUGGAACCUUCAUUCAGAAAUCGUAUGGUAACAAAAAGUAUUCCGUUUUAUACAUCUUUUGGUAGAUCGCUUUUGUACUUUCAUAAAUUUGGAAAAGUUGAAUAAUUGCAACUGCGGAUUAUGUCAGAAACAUUCAUCAGCAGGGAGAAGUUCGAAAUCCCAGCAGCAAUAUCGAACGAAAGUCUCACUUGGCUUCAAAACGUUCCCGAAAUUGAGCAGGAAAAACGGAUGGAGGUUGAGGUUUCUGAGGAAAGGGACAGCACGUUGGAAAUUCAAGAGUUAACUGGGGAAAACAUCGAGAUUUCAGAGGUGUCGGAGGAAACUGAGAAAGUUUCAGAGGAGGAAUUUAAUCAGGACAUUGAAGUACCAGAAAAGAACAAAGACUCCCUAAAGAAUACCAGCAUUUUAGAUGAUGAUGAUUAUCUGAUUUCUGGAUCCUCCUUCACGUCCUGUUGUUCCUUCAAAUAUAUUCGACACUCGAUCCUUUCUAGAAAGGAACGUGACGCCUCCACAUUCAGCUUGGAUAGUGGCAUUGAUAUCGAAUCCUUAGAGAAUCCCUGUCAGAAUCGGGUUCGGUAUCAUUCUCAAGAUCAGUUAGAAGAGAAGCCCUCUUGUGGAGAAGAUACAGACGAUAAUAGCUCUACGGUUAAGAUCGUAAUGGAGAAAAGGACACUUCACUUCACCCCCGAGAAUAGCGUUUGCGACUACGAAAUUAGUAUAGACGAAGUUUACGAACGAUUCUCGACUUGGUUUAGUCGUGCCGAAAUAGAUUUAUCAUUUUCCAGUUUUAUGCAGGUGGAUGAGGACCUCGAUGGUUAUAUAUGUCUGGCAGAACUGAAGAGAUUCCUGGAGAAAAUCGACAUACCACAAACCCAUUUGGCUGCUAAAAAUCUUAUGACCCAUGUGGUGGAUGAUCACGAGGGACGGCUCAACUUUUGCCAGGCUCUAAUCAUACAUGCGACUCUAUUGAACCGCCUGGAACUACGAAAGUGGAGACUACAAAAUCAGGAAAGGGAACGUUUGGCUAAAAGUGAUGCUGUGGACGUGUCUCAGGUGGGUGUUAGUGGUGCAAAGCAGUUUUUCGAAGCCAAGAUAGCCAUGCAAACGGAUUGCUUUGCCCUGACUUCGGAUCCGCCAUUGGUCAAAGUUCAAGUCAACAAUGCUCCAACUUGUCAAAUCCCUGUCUCCAAGAGGGGGCAAUACGGAACUGCUGCUGCCUUAUUCAAACAACUCGAAAGCGAAAAAUAAUCAAUACUCUGGGACUUAGAAGCCUUCAAUUCGAACUCUUCCAUCCUGACUCAAGAGUGUUGUGUCCAAAAUUUCAAGUUAUAAAUUUCACGUUUUAUCAGAGACUGACCUUGUAUCUACCCUAUAACUUCCCAUAAAUCAUUUGCCAAUAAAAAGCGAUCCAGGAA